UUAUAGGUUAUUACAACAUGUUGAAUAUAGUUCCCUGUGCUAUACCAGGACCUCUGGUUUUUUAGCUGAGCACAUGGCUGGCUGGCUGGCUGGCUGGCUGGCUGGGAUAAAGACUGCAUUUGUUAGCUUCCCUGCGUGUGGGCAUGACCAUGUGACUGCUUUCUAGCCUAUGAGAUAGCCAUUAGUUGGCAACUAAUAUUUCGUCUUGUGAAGAAACAUUUUUCCAAAGUGGAACCGGAAGUCAAGUAUGUGGGGAACAUGCACGGCAACGAGGUGCUGGGCCGCGAGCUCCUGCUGCAGCUGUCGGAGUUUCUGUGCGAGGAGUUCCGCAACAGGAACCAGCGCAUCGUCAGGCUGGUGGAGGGCACGCGCAUUCACAUCCUGCCGUCCAUGAACCCCGACGGCUACGAGGUGGCCGCAGCCGCCCAGGACAGGGACAUUUCUGGGUAUCUGGUUGGCAGGAACAAUGCAAACGGAGUGGACCUGAACCGCAACUUCCCUGAUCUCAAUACCUACAUCUACUACAAUGAGAAGAACGGAGGCCCCAACCACCACUUGCCCCUUCCAGACAACUGGAAAAAUCAGGUGGAACCUGAGACCCAGGCAGUGAUCCAGUGGAUCCGCUCCUUCAACUUUGUCCUUUCAGCCAAUCUCCAUGGAGGAGCAGUGGUGGCCAAUUACCCAUAUGACAAGUCCCUUGAGCACCGGGUCCGAGGUUUCCGCCGCACUGCCAAUACCCCCACGCCUGAUGACACACUUUUCCAGAAGCUGGCCAAGGUCUACUCCUAUGCACAUGGAUGGAUGCACCAAGGUUGGAACUGUGGGGAUUACUUCCCAGAUGGCAUCACCAAUGGGGCUUCCUGGUAUUCUCUCAGCAAGGGAAUGCAAGACUUUAAUUACCUCCAUACCAACUGUUUUGAGAUCACGCUGGAACUGAGUUGUGACAAGUUUCCGCGGCAAGAGGAAUUACAGCGCGAGUGGCUGGGUAAUCGGGAAGCCCUGAUUCAAUUCUUGGAACAGGUACACCAAGGCAUCAAGGGAAUGGUGCGGGAUGAGAAUUAUAAUAAUCUUGUGGACGCUGUCAUUUCUGUCAGUGGGAUUAACCAUGAUGUCACUUCAGGUGACCAUGGAGAUUACUUCCGGCUGCUGCUUCCAGGUACCUACACUGUCACUGCCACAGCACCCAAGUUUGACCCAGAGACAGUGAGUGUGACCGUGGGUCCUGGGGAACCCAAACUGGUUAAUUUCCAACUCAAGAGAAGCACCUCUCCAGCAGCCCCUAAGAGGAGAGGCCCCAACUCAGGGCAUAGAGGCAGAGUCUUACCAAAGAAAGUGCAGCCCCGGGCAGCUAGGAAAAAAGAAAUGAUGAUGAAACAGUCCCAGAGAGUCCCUGCCUGAAAUCCACAGUGCCCGGGGCAACAGUUUAGAAAGGCUUUGUUCCCGCUCUCACACCAGAUGAAGCAUUCUUUCUAUUUUAUUAUCUGAGACAUAUUUAAAUAUAAACAUAUUCAGAACAAUUCAGAAUGGUCUCCAUCUGUUCCAGGGGUAAACCCUCUGAUGCAGCAGUACAUACAUGCAGUGGUGUUCAGUAAGAUUUUCCGAUUCUGAGGGUAUGGUUUAGGUCCAGAAGGCUCUACGCUAGUCUAUGCUGUGUCCAGAGGCUGGUUCUGGCUGGUUAGUCACUAUCUCUAGAGUCUAGCAGAGAGCCUGCCACACAGUAAAUACCCAGUGAAGGUUUCUGGAUGAAUGGUUGAAAGGCUGAAAUGAUCCAUCAUUACAUAGCAAGACCAGGUGACCAAUUCUUCUGAAAUCCCAGAGGACUGUUUCAACAAGAGCCAAUAGUUUCUUAUUAAGAAAAGGAUUUCACACACACAACACCUAGUCCCGCUGCUUCAUACAUGGGCAUUUUAAACAAUAUGCAUCUUUCAAACAUUUUCUGGGCGUAUAAGUGUAAUGCAGAUGCCCCUGUGGAAUGACUGUGUCCUGACGCUGUGCCAGGGAUACACAGCACUCUCCACCCCACUGACUUCUCCAGAACAAACCCAUUUGUACUAAAAGUGUUAUUAAGCAAAGUAGAUGUCACUGAAGAUUUUGAAGGCAUGUGUAGUCUUUCAUCACACAUCAGGCAAGUUCAUAAACCCCCACUGGGCCUGCUGGGGUUCCCAAGUACCCUGUCCCCAGGGCUUGCUGGGGGUUCUUUACCCAUCAUCACCCAUUU